UCGAUGUUCCUACUUUAGGGCAGCCUCGGAUAUCUCAAUACCGCCAUCCUGUUGUUGUAAAAUCCGCAUUUUUUUAUGUUCCAAGAAGACGUACCUUUCCAAAACCUGGAACGACAAUAUAAUACUUAAGAUCACGACAUAGCAAGUAAUAAGUAAGGAAUACGACUUUAAUUGCGACAUAUUUGGGACCAUUUUCCGGAGCCUGGAUGCUUUUUCAUAGCUGACAUUUCAUUCGGUAUUUAGACCGAAAAUAUUUUCUUAUCUUUGAACAUUUUUACAUACAACCACCAAACCUUUAAUUCCUGCAGGAAUAGGUUUACGAAGAAACAUUGUAGCCUACCCCGUCUAAACGGCACCAGUUCUAGAACCAGGACCAGUUCCAGAACCAGUUCUAGAACCAGAACCAGUUCCAGAACCAGUUCCAGAACCAGUUCUAGAACCAGAACCAGUUCCAGAACCAGUUUCAGAGAUACAUCUCUUCAAUUUGGAUCAGUAAACAUGAUUGGACUGAAGUACAAUGUGUCUCUACCCAUGGCUGCAGGGGCCCUGUUAGUGGGCAUCCCCUACUCCAUCUCUCUCGUGGCCCAGUGGAUGUAUGGCUGGCCGAACAAGCCUGGCUAUAAAAAGUACAUUGAGGCGCUGAAGCCAAGGAGGAUAUACUGUCUGACUAGAGCUGUGCUGGAGAUGCUGAAAUACUUCCAGUACGGAAAACUCUACUUCCAGUGGAAGUCCUGGUACAAGAAUGUAGAAAACCACAAGCAUUAUGAAAAGGGCAUCACGUUUGGUCGUCGUAGCAACCGGCUGGACUUGUACUAUUCUCCCACGGUGGGCCAGCCAGGCAGUGGACCGGUGCCCGUGGUAGUAUUUAUAUACGGGGGAGGCUGGGGUUCAGGGGAGAGGUCCAUAUACUGUCUACUGGCCAUGCAGAUGGCUAAGGAGCUCAGCGCAACGGUGAUCUGCCCGGACUAUUGCACCUACCCAAAGGGUAAUGUUUUGUGUAUGGUUCAAGAUAUCGCCGACUGUCUCGUUUGGGCGAGGGAGAACGGCCAUAAGUUCAACUUUGACAAAGAUAACAUGGUGUUAGUCGGCCACUCCGCUGGGGCUCACCUAGCAGCUCUCACCGUGUUGUUCAUGGUCGAGGGACGAGACGAGCUCUUUAUAGAAGACAAGAAGCAGACAGAGAUCACCAUGGCAAUCAGAGGAGUAACAGGUUUAAGUGGAGUGUACAACAUAAUGGACCACUACGAGCAUGAACAGAUGAGAGCUGUGGAGUAUGUCUCUACGAUGCACAAAGCCAUGAACGGACUAGAGAACUUCCCUUAUUAUUCACCCACACACCUACUGAAGGAAUUCAGCGAGGAGCAACUGAAAAGAGUGCCACCUUUCUGCUUGCUGCACGGAACGAGUGACAUCAUAGUUCCGGCGGCAUCUUCCCAGCGGUUCUCUGAGCUGCUCACCUCCCUCUCGAUCAAGGUGUCCCUGUACCUCAUGCCUAAAAUGGACCACACCGAGAUUGUCACCGAUCUCAUGGCGACAGACAGGCACUUCUACAACACAGUGUACAGCUGCAUCAAACAGGAGUACAGCAAGUUCAUAGGUCAGGUCUGUCACUGCUGAGCGUUCUUCUAGACCGGUCUUCUACACAACAAGGAAACUAUAACUUAACUUCAAUAACUUAUCCAUUCAUUCAUUCAUGACGUGCCGCAAUUCUUCGUUUACAUCUUUUUCAGUGCAUUAUUAUGAUACCUUGAACUUCAACCUUUUUGACUUAAAAACAUUUAGCAGUUUUAUCGCUCUGUUUUAAUCUCAGUAAUGAUUCCUCUUCUUCCUCUGGUGUUUUACUGUGUGAUUGAUGAUAGUUCCCUGAUCGUAAACAGACUGAAUGAUAUUUCUGAUAGUUCCCUGAUCAUAAACAGACUGAAUGAUAUUUCUGAUAGUACCCUGAUCAUAAACAGACUGAAUGAUAUUUCUGAUAGUUCCCUGAUCGUAAACAGACUGAAUGAUAUUCAUGAUAGUUCCCUGAUUGUAAACAGACUGAAUGAUAUUUCAUGAUAGUUCCCUGAUCAUAAACAGACUGAAUGGUAUUUUAAUAUAAUAGCUGCUGGAUCUGAUGAAGGAGAGAUACCAGGCAAACCAAACAUGCUUUUGACAUAUUUGAUCUACAGUAAGUCUGGUGUAUGAGAAUAUUGGUUUAUCUAGGAUGCCUGUGAGCUAUCCUAGAGGGCCCAGUAUACAGUAUAUAUCCAGACUCCGCCUUUAUAGAAAUAUCGUUAUAUGACGUAGACAUGAUUUCCGAUGGGAGUCGUACCGUCAACGUCUCAUGGACAGAAAAGUUUCAGAUGAGUUUAACUUUUUGAUUGGUCGAUGGAGACGUUGGCCAAUCAGACACACUCUGCACGGACCAAAAUGAAUCCCUUCUAAUUCUGUUUCCGUUCUCCACGGAUCAAUUUGGCCACGCCCUUAUAUAGCCAGUAUUAUGUGUACCAUGUGGAACCCUAAAUUGCACCCUAUUCCCUACUUGGUGCACUACAUUUGACCAGAGUCCUAUGGGCAGUGCACUACAUAGGGAAUAGGGUACAGUUGGGACAGAGACUGAUAGCAGUUCUAUUGUAUAUUUUCUACUGAUAAUCUGUUGCAUUAAUAUGGUCAACCCAGGGCACAUUACCUUGUUUAUGGUCAACCCAGGGCACAUUAUCUUGUUUAUGGUCAACCCAGGAGAACAUUACAUUAUCUUGCUUAAUUAAAUGUUAGGACAUCAACUAUAUAGUACAUGUGAUUAAAUGCAUUCAGUACAUUGUUCUACAGCGUUGGGGUCGAUUCCAUUUCAAUUCAGGAAGUAAACCUUUCAAAAGGAUUGAUGGAGGUCAUUGGAAUUUCAGGGUACUUCCUGGAGUACUUCCUGGAGUACUUCCUGGAGUACUUCCUGGAUUGACCCAAAACCUUGUUACUGUACUUAACAUGUUGAAUAUCUGCUGUUAAUAGUUAUGCAUAUUGGUUCAAUAAAGUUAUUAACACGUGUAAAA